AUGAAUAUUACCAACCAAGCAAAAUGCGUGAUAAAAAAGAGGUUUGUACGGCUAGCACAUAAAAGCACACUCAAUCCAACUAUUAAGCACCAUCUUGCAAAAUCAGAACCUGGAGAGCUUAUUGAAGCCCGCGGGUUUGUCAAGAGUGUGAGAAAGUCCAAGAAUAUUGGGUUUCUUGAUCUCGCAGAUGGAACGACAUCCGAAGACCUCAAGGUAGUGUUUCAGACUAAAGAGCAACCAAAACUCCGUGUGGGUCAAACGGUUGCAGUCAAUGGUGAAUGGGCAGAAAGUAAAGGCAAGGGCCAAACAAGAGAACUUCGAUGCAACCCACAGGAGCCACAACAUUCGUAUAGGAUAAUUGGUGAUGUAGAGGAAGACUACCCUUUGCAAAAGAAAUCCACAUCAAUGCAGUUCUUGCGUACAUUACCAGCACUUAAACAUCGAACAUCCACUAUUGCGUCUUUUUAUAGAUUGAGAUCAUUUUUGGAGACGCAAAUGAUUGAUUUUUUUAACAUCAACGACUUUACCAAGGUCACUCCGCCAAUAAUAACAAGUUCUGAUUGUGAGGGUGCAGGUGAAACUUUCAAGAUUGCCGAGAGUGCAAAUUUCUUUGAAAAGACCACUUACUUGACGGUUUCGACUCAAUUGCAUAUCGAAGCGUUGGCGAUGGCUUUGAAUAGAGUGUGGACCUUGACACCAUGCUUCCGAGCCGAAAAUUCAAAUACAACGCGACAUUUAUGUGAAUUUUGGAUGCUAGAAGCCGAGAUAUCGCAUGUGGAAGAUUUAGAGCAAUUGUUAAAUUUUACCGAGGAUAUGAUUAAGUAUUCGACACGGAAACUUAUUGACCUGAAAAAGGAGUAUUUGAGAGGUGUUUAUUUGGAAGAAGAGUUGGUGCAAUCGAGAUGGGCAGCAAUUACGAAACAAGAGAAAUGGCCUAGAAUGACCUACACUGAUGCCAUCGAGUAUUUGAACAAACUGCGAAAAGAUAGUGAAGAGAAGCUCGAAUUCGGGGACUCGCUUCUGUUGGAGCAUGAGAAAUAUCUUGCCAAAGAUGGACCCAUAUUUAUCACAGACUAUCCUGCCGAGAUGAAACCAUUCUAUAUGUUGAAAUCGGCAAAGUUUGAUCCGGAAAAACCCACAGUUGCAUGCUAUGACUUACUUUUCCCCGACUUUGGUGAGCUUGCUGGGGGUUCGCUUAGAGAGCACAAUUAUGAGGAGUUGGUGGAGAGCAUGGGAAAACAUGGCAUGGAUGUGGAAGAGAUGGAUUGGUACACCACAUUGAGAAAAAAUGGAACGAUUCCACAUGGAGGUUUUGGAAUGGGUUGGGAAAGAUUUGUUACAUACUUAUCUGGACAUGACAAUGUAAAAGAUGUCAUACCUUUCCCUAGAGCGCCAGGCUUGUGCAAAGCAUAG